UACAGGAAGGGGACAGUCUAGUACCUUCUAGCGGCUGGGCCAGGGACUGGUCGUGACGUCAGCACUGCUGGGGGUCCAUCUCGUGUCAUCCAAGAUGGCGUCGGAAGUAGUUGUUCCACGUAACUUCCGGCUGAUUGAUGAACUGGACGAGGGGCAGAAGGGCGGCGGGGAGGGGCUCGUCUCCUGGGGCCUGGAGGACGACACUGACAUGAGCCUCACCACCUGGACAGGCAUGAUCAUUGGACCUCCCAGGACUCCAUAUGAGAGCAGAAUUUACAGUCUAAGGAUAGAAUGUGGGAGUAAGUAUCCCCAAACACCUCCCUCAGUGCGAUUCUUAACGAAGAUCAACAUGACUGGAAUCAAUGCUAACACAGGAGUGGUUGACCAGAAAUCAGUACCAGUACUAAACCGCUGGCAGAAUAAAUACUGCAUCAAGACUGUACUGCAGGAGCUGCGCCGAUUAAUGACAGACAAGUCCAACAACAAACUGACACAGCCACCGGAAGGCUCCUUGUUUCCCUGAGUGGGUGGACAGGAGGGGAGCGGUGUCAUCUCGCGCAAAACCUGUAUCACAACCAACCUUCCCACCGAAAUGUGCUCAGUUUCAGGGGUGGUGUCAUCAGUAGUGCUUGGUGAUAGAUUGUUAGUGCUUUCCUGUCAUAAUCUUAAACCUCAUCACCCUUUCAUAGAGAAAUAGUUCAGUCCACAUACUACUACUGGAACUCAGCACUUAUAAGGGCAGAAGGGGUGGGAAGGGUUGGUAUAUACAACUACUGAAAGAGAGCAAGAACACAUACAUACACACACACACAUACACAGAACUGCAAAAACUUCUAGGAUCUAACAAAUACCUGUGAUUGACCCACACUAGUUUUCUGCUGGGUGGAGGUAUGUACUACUACUAGAGAUGAUAGUUACAGUCUUCCUGCCCAUUCAGAUGCAUGGCUGUGUUGUCAACAAUAAGUGAUCUGCACUAAAAUGCAUUGCUGGUAAUGUAAGCUUCUGAAAGCUAAAAGGGGGGGGGGGAGGAAGAGAGGGUAAUGAAACUCUUUUGAUAGCUUUUGUGGUGCAGAAAAAUGAAAGAAAGCACAAAUGAUAAAACUCUUCAGCAAAUAACUUUAGCAUGUCAGAUUUGUUGGGCAGAAACUUGUGAACUUAAGAAAAGCAUUGUUUUGGUAACAAGAAAAUAAAGAUGUUUCCCUUGUUUGAUUCCUUCUGGCAGUAGAAUAUAAGUUGUAAGUUGUCUUCUUUUUCUGUCACCCCUUUGGUUUGUGUACUCUGUUGUGUACAGUACAAUGUUCAUGAUUAGAAAUAAAUGGAAUGGUACUUACAA